GGAGACGACGACGGCCGCAUGAUCUCGAUGGCAUGUCGGCAUCGGCAACGCGGCUUUGGGCUUCACCGAGCACAGUUCUCGUGUACGUACAUUUGUCUUCUCCCCCGGUGACGCGAGGAAAUUGGCGGCUGGAUUGACGUGGCACGGACACCGCUGUCAUGGAGGAGUUGGCAUAUGUGAGACGACGCGAGUGAUAUCGGCGGACGCGCCAAUGCCUCUCACACCGCCCGUUCGUCUUCAUCAGCAAUCUCGCGGAUCUGCAGGAGAUCCCUGGCUUGAAGGGCAGGCUCGUCUGGGACGGCGGGCAACGUGCUCGCCGGGAUGGCCGUUUCAGGUGCGACACGAACGUCGAGUCUCCGUCUUCUGCACGCUAGCAGCCAACAGUGACCACCGCGCAGCCCCCUCACCACGCCAGCCCGCGGGUCCCGUCCACCAGGUAAGUUGCUUCGACGCCUUCUACGCGUCUUCCACGCCCGGGGGCAUGGCCCAGCUGUUGAGCUGUUCGAGCAGCCCUGAGAUCAUCCAGCAUCAUCCGGUCGCCCCCACUCGCCUCAGGCCCGCCCUCGCAUUCCCGCUGCGUCUGCGGAGAGGCCAUCUCGACCCGCGCACGCACGUGUUGUUGGUCUUGUCCGGCGAGCACGGUGCCAAGCGGCCUGUACGCCGGCGCGUCAAUUGACCCCUACGUCGACUGGCGUUGAUCUUACAGCCGUGUGCCUAGGCCUGACGGGGGCUUGGUGCCGAUUGGAACUUACAUCCAUGACUGAGGAUCACCA